UAUCAUGUGAGAUACAAACCUUAUUCAUCAUUAGCCAAAUAAAAGAAGCAUUUGAAGGAGAAAACAAGAAUAUCUGGCAACAAUUGAUUCCCCUACUAAGUGGAGUUUUAACGUACGUGAAGAACACGAACACCAGCCUCCUUACAUUUGGAUCGAACGAAGAUCAAGGAAAGCAAGGAUGUCAUCUUCAACAAGGAAUGCAUGAAACUAUGAAAUUGUCAUCAGAGUAAUCACCAAAUAUUUUGAUAUGGUCGAGGACCUUUUGACCAUCUCUAUAUAAUAUGCUGCUCCCACCAUAAGUCAGCAAGAAAAGGUCAGAUAAAUAGGAUUCCCCAGUUCAAAGGGUCCUCGAAACUGGCCCUAGGAUUCCAUCUGAUCAACAGCUUCAAAUUUUAGAGCACUUGCUGGAGAUAGUCAUGUUAACUUUAGUGGCACUCUUCUUGGUUUUCAUUUUCUCAGCAUUGUUGCUGCAAAAAUGGAGUGCUCCCACAAAAAUGGACAGGAUUCCAGGAAGUAUGGGAUGGCCUUUUGUAGGGGAGAGUUUCUCUUUUCUGUCUGAUUUUUCGAGCCCAGCUGGUAUAUUCAGCUUCAUGCAAAAGAGACAGCAGAGGUAUGGGAAGGUGUUUAAAAGUUAUGUAUUGGGGAGAUUUACUGUUUUCAUGACUGGGAGAGAAGCAAGCAAGAUUUUGCUAACAGGCAAAGAUGGGCUAGUGAGCCUAAACCUCUUCUAUACAGGGAAGCAGGUUCUUGGUCCGACGAGCUUGCUUCAACAGACUGGAGAAGCACACAAGAGACUCCGACGACUGAUUGGAGAGCCUCUCUCAGUCGAUGGCCUGAAAAAGUAUUUCCCUUUCAUCAAUAAAUUGGCUGUGGAGACGUUGGAUCACUGGUGUGGGCAAAAAGUUCUGGUUCUUGAAGAGGCUUCCACGUUCACACUGAAGGUGAUAGGCCACAUGAUAAUGAGCUUGGAGCCGACUGGUGAGGAACAAGAAAAGUUCAGAGCCAAUUUCAAGAUCAUUUCUUCCUGUUUUGCCUCUUUGCCAUUUAAAAUCCCAGGAACUGCUUUCUAUCGCGGCAUCAAGGCUCGUGAUAGGAUGUAUGCCAUGUUAGACUCUACCAUUGCCCAAAGGAGAAAGGGAGAAAGCUUCCAACAGGAUUUCCUCGAAUCCCUGUUAAAGAAGCACAGCAAAGACAGCUCAGAGCAGGACGAUGACAAUAAGCUUACAGAUAAACAAUUGAAGGACAACAUAUUAACCUUGCUGGUUGCUGGUCAUGAUACCACUACAGCUGCUUUGACAUGGCUAAUCAAAUUUCUUGAAGAAAAUCCUGCUGCAUUAGAACGUCUAAGAGAAGAACAUCAGAAAAUCCGAAGUAGCAGAGAAGAUGGGACAAACCUUACCUGGGCAGAAGUGAACAAUAUGCCAUACACUGCAAAAGUCAUCAGUGAAACUCUUAGGAAAGCAACAAUCUUACCCUGGUUUUCAAGAAAAGCUGCCCAGGACUUUGAUAUUGAUGGUUAUGAAAUUCAAAAAGGCUGGUCUGUAAACUUGGAUGUUGUGUCUAUCCACCACGACCCCGAGAUUUUUCCUAAUCCAGAGAAGUUUGAUCCUUCCAGAUUCGAUGAGCCUUUAAAACCAUUUAGCUUUCUUGGUUUUGGAAGUGGACCUCGGAUGUGUCCUGGAAUCAACCUGGCCAAAUUGGAAAUUUCUAUUUUCAUCCACCAUUUGGUCUGCAGAUACAGGUGGAGGCCCCUAGAGAAAGAUGAUUCGGUCCAGCCAACACUUGUGCGAAUGCCGAAGAACAAGUACCCUAUUGUGGUAGAGUCCCUAUAACCAAAAUUGCCAGGUCAAGGAUGAGGAGGACACCCAACAUUUGAUGCCAUCAAUAAAGUUCAAACACACUGGCACUACUAUCAUGCCUCUAUCAGAUGAGUCACAGUUGGAAAUCGUGGGCGGAAGAGAAUGUACUUGGAAAUUAGAUAGCAUAUUAUAGUAUGACCAUAUGCCAUCUUAUUUUACUCUGUUCAAGCAUUUUUACUGUAUUUUGAAUACUUGGGCUAGCAAAUCAUCGUUCUCGUUCAGACAUGUCACUAACUAAGACGAGCAGUAAUAAGAAUUUUCUAAUCUAAGUCAAUCUGAAUAAGUCUUUCCAGCAAUUGUUUGAUCAUAUCCAUUAUAA